AUGAACCCGGAGUACGACUAGUGAGUGGCAACGACAAGCAGGGGCUGUCGCGUAUCUGUUGUGGAAGCUGAUGUCGUUUUGAUUUGGCUGCGACGCAACCACAGCCUCUUCAAGCUCUUGCUCAUUGGCGAUUCCGGCACGGGCAAGAGUUGCUUGCUGCUUCGUUUUGCUGACGACACCUACACGGAAAGCUACAUCUCAAGUGCGUGCUAGUGCUUCGCUCUCAAUUAGGGGAUGGGGAUGGGCGAGAGGGAUUUCGGGCUUCGGGAAACUGCUUGGCGGCGAUGGAGCAUGCGUCGCUGCGAGCUCGAGGAACAAAGCUUGCGAGAUAAUCCAUCUCAAAGUCGGCGGGCAAGACAGCUUCAUGCCUAGUGAUUAUCACACACGUAUAAUCCUGUGCUGACAAGCCACGCUUCUCCUUCGUCAUCUCAGCGAUUGGUGUCGACUUCAAGAUUCGCAGUCUCGAGUUCGAAGGCAAGACCAUCAAGCUGCAGAUUGUAAGUACAUGCGUCUUGAAAAGCGAUGGCGUAGCAUCGUCAAAGCUGCGCACUUCGCCUAAUCUGGGGCAACCUUGGCAAGAAAGGUGGCCCCUCAGCCCACUGAGGAGCAGUGCUGGCAUAAAGAGGCCAUCAAGAGCAGAUCUGAGCUUUGAUCUCCGCUCUGCCUACCAAACCGAAAUGAGGUUGCCGCUUCUGGCCUCGGCCCAAAAGACUAAGGCGUGCUGUGCGCAUGCUUGCUGUAAUUUCGAGAAAGCUGCUGACAUUUCUGCCCUCUGGCUUGAUGUUCGAAGUGGGACACUGCAGGACAAGAGCGUUUCCGCACAAUUACUAGUAGCUACUACCGCGGCGCUCACGGUAUCAUUGUCGUCUACGAUGUCACAGAUCAGGGUGGGUACCAGGCACCGUGUGGUGGCUCGAGAAGAAAGAUGGCUGACCAAUUGCACCUCUCGAGUACAGACACCUUCGCAAAUGUCAAACAGUGGCUUUCGGAGAUCGACCGAUACGCUACUGAGGGUGUAAACAAGGUGAGCGGAUUUGUACAUUGUGUCGUUGCUGUUGUCGGAGACUGAUCGACGUCUUCCCUCACACAGCUUAUGGUCGGAAACAAGAACGAUUUGACAAGCAAAAAGGUGGUGGAGUACAACGUUGCCAAGGAGGUGCGUGUGCCCUGCUUUUGGCCAAUCGCAGACAAUGAAAGAAGCUUGCCCCUCUUACACCUGUUACAUUCUUUCUGCAGUUUGCCGAUCAACUCAACAUCCCUUUCCUCGAGACGAGUGCCAAGACAAGCGAGAACGUCGAGGCUUGCUUCUUGGCGAUGGCUAAGCAAAUCAAAGACAGGUGCGUCUCACGUUCCUUUCCACUUGCUAGUGCUGAAGCGCGGAGACUGAAUCUGUCGAUACAUCUUUCGCAGAAUGGGAUCCACAACCGUCAACAAUGCGCCUGGCAAGUCAAACGUAAAGCUGGGAGCGGGACAGUCUGUCGGAGGGGAGCAAAAUGCUGGUGGUUGCUGCUAA